AUGGCAAAACCUAUACCAAGAGUUGGUUCACGUAGGAAUGGACGUAUUAGUUCACGUAAGACUGGACGUAGAAUACCAAAAGGAGUUAUUCAUGUUCAAGCAAGUUUCAACAAUACCAUUGUAACGGUUACAGAUGUACGGGGUCGGGUGGUUUCUUGGUCCUCCGCCGGUACUUGUGGAUUCAGGGGCACAAGAAGAGGGACACCGUUUGCUGCCCAAACCGCAGCAGGAAACGCUAUUCGUACAGUAGUCGAUCAGGGUAUGCAACGAGCAGAAGUCAUGAUAAAAGGUCCUGGUCUCGGAAGAGAUGCAGCAUUACGAGCCAUUCGUAGAAGUGGUAUACUAUUAAGUUUCGUACGGGAUGUAACCCCUAUGCCACAUAAUGGAUGUAGACCUCCUAAAAAAAGACGUGUGUAG